AUGCUGGGGUACUAUCAUCCGUAUAUCAAGGAUUUUGCAGGAUUGAUGACGCCAGUCUUUGAUUUGCUGAAGGGAAUUCAAGGAACGUCGCGGAUGAAUAAAACUUCGAAGAUCACCUGGGAACAACGUCACGAAGAUGCAGUACAAAAAGCAAUAUGCAGGCUUCAACACUCUGUGCUUACAAUCCCGCUGCCUUCAGAUGAGUUUGUAUUGGAAACUGACGCUUCUGGAUUGUCGGUUGCGGCAACAUUGAGCUGUAAACGAGAUGAUGGAUCGCUUGUCCCUGUUGAGUUUGCAUCGAAGAAACUAGGAGCUACGGAACAACGUUGGCCUGUUCGAGAUCGGGAAGCAUUCGCUAUCAUCUUUGGGCUAAAGAAAUUUGAUAUUUACUUGAGAGGCCGUCAUUCGAGGUGUACACCGAUCACAAAAGCUUACGAUGGAUGUUGGAUGCCAAAGAAGGUCGUGUGUCGCGUUGGGCCAGCCGCUUAA